CCACCCCCCGCGCCCCGCUUUCGGGCUCUCCCUCUCUGAUUGGCCGCUUGGAGGCAGCGUGACCAGGGGGCGGCGCGCUGAUUGGCGGGCAGCAACCCGGAAGGACGGCGCGGGCAGGGGGCGCCCGUCGCUAUGGCCACGGCGACGGAUCGUGCGGUGGGCUUCGGCCUGGUCGCCUUCAGCCUGGCGCUGUUCGCCUACUACACGCUGUGGAUCGUGGUGCUGCCCUUCAUCGACAGCGCCCACGCCAUCCACCGCUUCUUCCUGCCCAGGGAGUACGCCGUUAUCAUCCCCGUGGUGGCCGGGCUGCUGCUGCUGCUAUUUAUAGGUGUCUUUAUAAUGGUGGUGACGUGGAAGAGCAAGAAGCCCGCCAAGAAAUCGGAGUGAGGGGCUGGCUGUGAGACAUGAGGGGGAGGCCCCCGGCCAGAAAGGGGCUGCAGCACCGCACGGCCGCCUCCUCCACAGCUCGCUCACAGCCACAGCGCCGGGCUGGCCGCUCUCCCUCCCCACAUUCCUUCCUGAGAAGCAGCAGCCUCCUGGAGUUUACGACUUACUGACCAAAAGGGAGCAAAACUGGCCGACGGGACUCGCCAGGAGAGGGCCCGGAGCUCUGGCUCUGAGGGUGCUGCUCCCAGCGGGGGCUACGUGCAGCCCCUGCGCUUCAGCUGGGCCAUGCGGGAGCUGCCGGGGUGCAGCCAGCCCAGCCAGCCCCCUCAGGUGCUUGGUAGCCCUUCCUCUCUGCUCCUGCUGUGUCCACCAGUUUGUUCCCCUUUUUUUUUUCUUUCUAACUUUAUAUACUGUUUGUUUUUGUUUUUGUUUUUUUUUAAUUGGAUUCAAGACUGUGAAUUAAGAAAUCAGGAUUUUGGGCUAGGAA